GAAGAAACAUCUAGAAAUACGACAGGACUCAAAAAAAUAUAUAUAUAUUUAUUCAGCUUAAAAUAAAGAUUAUAAAUCGUAGCAAAAUUUAGGAAACAGUUCUGCUUGUGUGUUCGAUGAUAUUACUUAAAUAGUUAGGAAAAAAAUAAACUAUUUUAAAAAUAUAUAUAUAUAUAUCUAUAGGCCGAUAUGAAACGUUUAGUUUCGUAUUUGUAAGGUGUUUGGGAGUUUCUAUGUGAAAUUUAGUCGUUUUAUUGAGAAAGUCUUGGUAGUUUUCGGCGAUGUCGGGUUUGGACGUGGUCUGCGAGCGAAUUCACUUCAGACACGACCCGAAGUGGACGGCUCGGCUCGGCUCGCCCGACAGCGGCCAGCUGCUCUGCACAGCCUGCGUGGUGGAGAUGAUGGAGGACAGCGCGAUAUCAGUGGUUCGGAAGAAGCACGCCCUCUGCUGUUUCAAGAGCGUCAUGACGCGCUUCCCGGCCGAGGUGGCGGAGCUGCUGUUGCAAGACAGCCGUGUUUGCGUGCAUUUCAUCGGGACGCUGCUGGCAAUGCUGCACAGCUCCGAAGAAGCCUCCGUGCUCGAGGAAGUCAUCCAAGUGCUGGUGCAGCUCCUGGUGGAAUUGAAGUCAGACCAGCUUCUGCACUGCGUGCUGGAGGAGUGUGAAAAAAAGUUGCUCGGCCCGGCCAGCGUGAGGCGCUGCCUGCCCCUGUUCACCUUCCUGGGGAAGCUGCUGGAGUCGGUCCCGGGCUCAGCUGAGAGGCUGACGCUGGAACACAUGCCUCUGUUGCAGCAGCUCUCCGGGGGGCUCCUGUUCCCUGACGAGGGGGUCCAGGCCUCUCUGUGCUUUGUGUUCGGGAGGCUGUACGGAGGAGGGGGAGGAGGAGGAGGAGGAGGAGGGGGAGGAGGAGGAGGAGGAGGAGGAGGAGGGGGCUCGGCAGCCCAGGAAAGGCUCUCUGCGUUCUUCAGAGACAGGCUGUGCGCAGGACUGCUGACAACCAUGAGCAGAGCUCAGAGCAGGGAGCUGCACAUCAACUGCCUGGGUUUCCUGAAGCAGCUGCUCGGGUCCAGUGAGUUUGUGUCGCUGCUGAUGGAGCCCCCUGUGAACAAGCAGAACAGCGAGGAGACUGAGAUCACACAGGGGGGCUCCCUGCCUCUGACACUGAAGAGGCUGCUGCUGAGCCGGGACGAGACCCUGCAGAUUGCCAGCUCCCAGUGCAUGGCGUCUAUACUGGUGCACUCUCCAAACCAGUACGCUGCGCCACUCAUACUGGCAGACAUACCGGAGUUCCUGUUUGAGAGGUUGAGCUGCAGUAAUGAGGUUUUGCUCUGGUCUGUGUACAGCUGCCUGCUGCUGCUGACUGAGGAGAAACUCUUCUUCACAAAGUGCCACUCUGUGUACGGUAUCGAGUCUCUGGUGCGCAGUGUGAGGGAGGCUAUGAGGCUGGGAAACCCCGAGGUGCAGAAACAGGGGCUGCUGCUGUUCAGAGAGGUGCUGCAGAGGCAGCCCGAGGGCAUCAAGCUGUUCUCCAGCCCCGCUUCAUUCGGGGAGGCUGCGGAGACCCUGAGAGAGGGCAUUACCAGCAGCAGCCUGGAGGUGGCGACAGAGGCAGCCUGCGCAGCCUCAGCACUGCUGAGGAUCAGUCACCUCCCUGUUCCAGUGCAGUACCAGGCCCUGCAGAGUCUGGUGGAGGCGGCUCUGGAGCGAUGCAGAGACACAGCAGAGACUGCCAGCCUGACACAGCGCCGAGCCACAGCACAGACCGCCUCGGAGCCCUCGAGAGCGGGGGCGUUCAUACUGAGCUCCCUGGAGACCUUCCACAGAGCCUGCAGGCUGGCUGCGGACUGCUCUCUCCACCCCUCUCUGCUGCUCAAUGUCUUCACAGCCCCUCACUCUCACAGCGUCGUCGACACCCUGGAGAGCUUCACUCGCUUCCUCCUCUCUGCGUGCGACACCCUCUGCAUUCCCACCGUCACCAGCCUGUGUGAGAGAGCUCCCAGCGCCUCACUGAUACUGGUUUUCUACUCCGUCCUCAACUCCCAGUACAGCCUGGUCCCCAGCAUGAUGGGACAGUUCUCUGCCAAACUGGCUUCAUCCUCUUUCUUCAGACUGACCCUAGAGCUGAAAGCAGCCUUCUGUGCGGGAGAGAGGAACGCUCAGCUCAAUGCAGUUUGCUCUGAGUUCCUGUGCAGAGUGAGCCUGAGCCUGCUAGCAAACCAGCAGACAGCAGAGUCCACACAGCAAGAGCUGGAUGAGCUGCAGUGUGUGUUGCAGAGGGCUCUGCCCAUGUUGACCUGCCGGCUGUCAGACUGCCCCAUCCUGCUCAGCGAGGACCCAGGAGGGGAGGUGGGGGUGAGGGACACACAGCACUGCCUGCUCACCCUGCUGUACCUGGCACACCUCCACCAGGACAGGUUGGUUCCUGAAGCCAGCCUCUUCCCAGCGGUCUGCAGUUUCCUGAUCUGCAGCCAGGAGAGGAGAGAAACCCAGCCUGCCUUCACACUGAGAGCAGCUCUGUACCUGCUGUCUGUGAGCCAGGCUUACAGCAGAGAGCUGGACUGGUCUCCCCUGAACAGCAUCUGCAGCUCCCUGUGUGUGCACCCAUCUUUCUCCUCCCUCUACACACACCACCCCCUGGUUUUGAGGUUCCUGUUCCGGUACCCCACGCUCACAGACCGCUUCGGACUGCCGGCCCUGCAGCGCUGGCUGGGGCAGGGAGACUGGACCGGGCCCCAGGAGAACCAGGACCCGAGCUACAGGGCUGUGCUGGCCGUCAUCCAGGACAACCCCAGCACCAUACUGGUCUUACUGGGUAUUGUCUGCACUGGAGAGGCCCAGCUAUCCCACAAUGCCCUGCUGGUGCUGAAGUCCUACCUGCAGGGUCGUGACCCCGGCGACCUCUCGUCCUUGGAGCUGCUCAGACCCCGGCUGCUCCAGAUCCUGCAGCGAGUCGGGAUUGAGAGCGAGGGCCGGGCCCCCGAGGUGAGCAAGAGUCUGUCUCUAGUGCUGGAGCUGCUGUGUGUGGUUCAGAUGAAGAGCUCUGCCGGGAGAGACAUGGACAGCACUGACUUCAAACUGCUGUACCACGUCAGCACCCUGGCUGGUAAAAUGCAAUCCUCCAGCACUGAAGCCCUGCAGCCUGCCUUCAACUACCUGUACUGCAGCCUGUGUGCCUGCAACAGCGGAAGAGCUGUCUCAAUGCUGCUCUCCAAUGUUGGCCUGUUGGAUCUGCUCCAGUCUGUCUGGGAGCUGUACUGGGCCAGGCCUCAGUCCUCAGACUCUCCUGCCCACAGCUCCCUGCUUUCCUCAGCCUGUCUGCUGCUCAGCGCCCUGCUCCAGUCCCAGCGGACUCACAGCUCCCAGGUUCACCGGGGGCUCAGUCUCAGUUUAGAUCAGAUUCUGCAGCUUCUCUCCUUCAGGAAGAAGACAGGCAGUCUGCUGCUGGCCUCCUCCCUGCAUCUCUUGCAGACUCUGUUGGAUCAGGACCUGAGCUCCUCUCUACUGACGGUCAGCCCGUCUGAGAGGAGAGAGCGCCCCCUAGAGGCCCCCGAUUCUGCCCUGUACCCACUGAGCAGCGAGAGGGCAAACUGGCUGCUGACAGCCCUGCAGAGCCUGCUGAUACAGAGGCAGGAGCUGCUGCUGCACUCUGCAGUGGGGUGUCUGGGGGCUCUGCUGGACUUCCUGACUCGGAGGAACCAGAAUACAGCCCUGCAUGCCGUGUCCCAGCCCUGGACUCGCUUCCUGGUCUACACUCUCCUCAAUUCGGGAGAGGAGUUGGUGCUGCACCCUGCUCUGCUCUCUCUGAUCACCUUGCUGCUGAAGUACCAGAGUAAGAAUGUGGUUUGGGAGCCAGACCUGAAUCAGAUAGUGGAGACUGCAAAGAGGAGAGGAGCUGAGGAGCUGGGAGAGAGCACAGCACAGGCUCUGAGAGAACUGCUUACACAGCUGCAGAUCUCAGGGCCGGCGCCUCCAGGACUGAAGGAGAAGGAGGCAGCGCAGAAUCUACUGGAGGAGCUGGAGAGAGAGAGAGAGAGGAGAGAGAGAGAGGGAGAUGAGAGAGAUGAGAGGAGAGAGAGAGAGAGAGAGGAGAGAGUGAGAGAGAGGAGAGACACAGACUGGGAGCAGCACUGCUAAGCCAUAACCAGCAGCAAAAUAAAACUCAAACCACUUCAGGACUGUUGAUGAACAUCUCAUUCCAGUAGCAAAAGUGUUAACCAGAGGAAAGAAAAUUAGUUUUUUGAUUUUUUUUAGCUGUUUAUAUAUGUGUAUAUAUAUAUAUAUAUUUGAUUGGUUUGUGAUGCUGUUGGAAUAAAUCCACAGUAUAGGGAAUGCUGCCCCCACCCAGUCCUGGUGAGAAGAGGUACUGUCGUAAAAAGAUAUAAAACUACAGCUCCCAGCAUGCCUCUGCAUUAGCAGCAACAGCGAGGGAUGAUGGGAGCUGUAGUUCUGUAUCAGGCAGGCGUAGCACCAUUACCAAAAUAAGGCCGAAAAUAAUCGGAAACACAAACUACAGCUCCCAGCAUGCCUCCACAAAACAGUGAGGGGUGAUGGGAGUUGUAGUUUGUUUUAUACAGGUUGGGUUGUCUCAGAAGAAGCAGUCGUUGUUUGUGUUAUUAAAGUUUUCGUGUGAAUUGAAAUAAAAUAAUACAUAUUUAAUACUA